AGCUAUGACUGUAACUCCACAUUUUGUAUGUAACUUUAUAUUUAACUCCACAUUGACUGUAACUCCACAUCCAUGUAUUCCAACAUAGACAACUGCAGAGAUGACAUGACGUGUGUGAAGGAGGAGAUCUUUGGGCCUGUAAUGUCAGUGAUGCCCUUUGACACAGAAGAGGAAGUGCUGAAGAGGGCCAACAACACUACCUUCGGCCUGGCCUCUGGAGUCUUCACCAGGGAUAUAUCCCGGGCCCACCGGGUGGCUGAGAACCUGCAGGCUGGAACCUGCUUCAUCAACAACUACAACAUCAGCCCUGUGGAGGUGCCCUUCGGAGGGUACAAGCAGUCUGGUUUUGGCAGGGAGAAUGGCCAGGUGACCAUCGAGUACUACUCCCAGCUGAAGACUGUGGUUGUGGAGAAGAGAGACGUGGACGAUUCCUUUAAUUGUUAA